AGCAAAGCACUGCCUACUGGAUGUAUAAAAAGAGGAGAUCCAGAGAAGCUGCAGCAGCAAAGGACAGAAACAGCACACCUGCCGACUCAUCCAGCAGAACAAGUCAGCUAAAGAGAAGAGGAGCAUCAAACAGCUUUCAAGAUGUCAGGUGACGCCAUAAUGGCGGAGUUUGGACCAGCAGCGUCCUUCCUGAGAAAAUCCGACAAGGAGCGACUGGAGGCCCAAACGCGACCUUUUGACAUGAAGAGGGCCUGUUUCGUGCCCGAUCCCGAAGUGGAGUAUGUUAAAGCCACAGUUACCAGCAGAGAUGGGGACAAAGUCACCGUUGAAACUGAAACUGGAAAGACUGUUACGGUUAAGGAGGUAGAUGUCCACCCCCAGAACCCGCCAAAGUUCGAUAAAAUCGAAGACAUGGCCAUGUUCACCUUCCUCCAUGAGCCCGCGGUGUUGUUUAACCUCAAAGAGCGUUACGCGGCAUGGAUGAUCUAUACCUACUCAGGGCUCUUCUGCGUGACCGUCAAUCCUUACAAGUGGCUGCCGGUGUACGAUAAAUCGGUGGUUAACGCCUACAGAGGAAAGAAGAGGAGUGAAGCUCCUCCUCACAUCUACUCCAUCUCUGACAAUGCCUACCAGUACAUGUUGUCGGACAGAGAAAACCAGUCAAUCCUCAUCACUGGAGAAUCUGGUGCAGGAAAGACUGUAAACACCAAAAGGGUCAUCCAGUACUUUGCCAGCAUUGCGGCUGUCUCUGGAAAGAAAGAUCCAAAUCAGGAGAAAAAGGGAACCCUGGAAGAUCAAAUCAUCCAGGCCAAUCCUGCUCUGGAGGCUUUUGGAAAUGCCAAGACCAUCCGAAAUGACAACUCUUCCAGAUUUGGUAAAUUCAUUCGAAUUCACUUUGGGGUGAGUGGAAAAUUGGCCUCAGCUGACAUUGAGACAUAUCUGUUGGAAAAAUCUCGUGUCACUUAUCAGCUCAAAGCUGAGAGAGACUAUCACAUCUUCUAUCAGAUUCUGUCCCAAAGGAAGCCAGAGCUGCUUGAAAUGCUGUUGAUCACCAACAACCCCUAUGACUACGCGUACAUCUCUCAAGGAGAAACAACCGUAGCCUCCAUCAACGAUGCAGAUGAGCUAAUUGCUACUGAUGAAGCUUUUGACGUCCUGGGAUUCACCCAAGAGGAAAAGAAUGGCAUCUACAAGUUGACUGGAGCUAUUAUGCAUUAUGGAAAUAUGAAGUUCAAGCAGAAGCAGAGGGAAGAACAAGCAGAGCCCGACGGCACAGAGGAUGUGGACAAAGUGGCAUAUCUUAUGGGCCUGAACUCUGCUGACCUCAUCAAGGGGCUCUGUCACCCGAGAGUUAAAGUAGGCAACGAGUGGGUCACCAAGGGCCAGAGUGUGCAGCAGGUGUACUACUCUAUCGGUGCUCUGGCAAAGUCAGUGUAUGAGAAAAUGUUCCUGUGGAUGGUGGUGAGAAUCAACCAGUCCCUGGAUACCAAACAGCCUCGGCAGUACUUCAUUGGGGUGUUGGACAUCGCUGGAUUUGAGAUCUUUGAUUUCAACACCUUUGAGCAACUGUGCAUCAACUACACCAAUGAGAAGCUGCAGCAGUUUUUCAACCACCACAUGUUUGUGUUGGAGCAAGAGGAGUACAAGAAAGAGGGCAUUGUGUGGGAGUUCAUUGACUUUGGUAUGGACUUGGCAGCCUGCAUUGAACUCAUUGAAAAGCCGAUGGGCAUCAUGUCUAUCCUUGAAGAGGAGUGUAUGUUCCCAAAAGCCAGUGACACGACAUUUAAGGCCAAACUGUAUGACAACCAUCUGGGUAAAAGCCCCAACUUCCAAAAGCCCAGAAUCGUUAAAGGGAAACCAGAAGCUCAUUUCUCUUUGAUUCACUAUGCUGGUACUGUUGAUUACAACAUCGGCAACUGGCUGGAGAAGAAUAAAGAUCCACUGAAUGAGACUGUGGUUGGACUCUAUCAGAAGUCUAACCUGAAGUUACUAUCUAUGCUGUUUGCUGGGUAUGCUGGCACUGAUUCAGCCCAAGAUGCAGGAGGCAAAGGGGGAAAGGGAGGAAAGAAGAAAGGUUCUUCCUUCCAGACUGUGUCUGCUUUGCACAGGGAAAAUCUGAACAAACUAAUGACCAACCUCAGGUCAACUCACCCUCAUUUUGUUCGCUGCAUCAUCCCCAAUGAGACCAAGACUCCCGGGGCUAUGGAGAACCCUCUGGUCAUGCACCAACUGCGCUGUAACGGUGUGCUGGAAGGAAUCAGAAUCUGCAGAAAAGGAUUCCCUAACAGGAUUCAGUACGGCGAUUUCAAGCAAAGAUAUCGCAUCUUGAACCCGAGUGCCAUCCCUGAAGGGCAGUUCAUUGACAAUAAAAAAGCAGCUGAGAAACUUUUGGGGUCUUUGGAUAUCGAUCAUGAGCAGUACAAGCUGGGACACACAAAGGUGUUCUUCAAAGCUGGGCUGCUGGGUGUACUGGAAGAGAUGAGAGACGACCGUCUAGCUCUCAUCAUCACUGGGAUUCAGGCGAGAUCCAGAGGACUUCUUGCCAGGAUUGAGUUCCAGAAAAUUGUUGAACGCAGAGAUGCCUUGUUGGUGAUCCAGUGGAACAUCCGUGCCUUCAUGGGUGUGAAGAAUUGGCCCUGGAUGAAGAUGUUCUUCAAGAUCAAGCCUUUGCUUAAAUCAGCUGAGACCGAGAAGGAGAUGGCAAACAUGAAAGAGGAGUUUACCAAGCUCAAGGAGGCCUACGCCAAAUCCGAAGCCCGCAAGAAAGAGCUUGAGGAAAAGAUGGUCACCCUUCUCCAAGAGAAGAAUGAUUUACAGCUCCAAUUUCAAUCUGAGCAAGACAAUCUUGCGGAUGCCGAGGAGCGUUGUGAAGGUUUGAUCAAGAGCAAAAUCCAACUGGAGGCCAAAGUGAAAGAGCUGACAGAGCGGCUGGAGGAUGAGGAGGAAAUGAAUGCAGAGCUGACAGCCAAAAAGAGGAAGCUUGAGGACGAAUGUUCAGAGCUCAAGAAAGACAUCGACGAUCUGGAGCUGACUUUGGCUAAAGUGGAAAAGGAAAAACACGCCACUGAGAACAAGGUGAAAAACCUGACAGAAGAGAUGGCAGCGUUGGAUGAAAUCAUUGCCAAGUUGACCAAGGAAAAGAAAGCUCUUCAGGAGGCUCAUCAGCAGACGCUGGAUGACCUGCAGAGUGAGGAGGACAAAGUCAACUCUCUGACCAAGGCCAAAGUCAAGCUGGAACAGCAAGUCGAUGAUCUUGAAGGAUCCCUGGAGCAAGAGAAGAAAAUAAGAAUGGAUCUGGAAAGAGCCAAGAGGAAGCUGGAAGGGGACUUGAAAUUGACCCAAGAAAAUGUGAUGGACCUGGAGAACGACAAACAGCAGCUGGAGGAGAAGCUUAAAAAGAAAGACUUUGAAAUCAGCCAGCAACUCAGUAAGAUUGAGGACGAGCAGGCGAUGGGUGCUCAGCUUCAGAAAAAACUGAAGGAGUUGCAGGCCCGAAUUGAAGAGCUGGAGGAAGAGCUGGAGGCCGAAAGGGCUGCCCGGGCCAAAGUGGAGAAGCAGAGAGCCGACUUGGCCAGGGAGCUGGAGGAGAUCAGCGAGAGGCUGGAGGAGGCCGGAGGAGCCACCACAGCCCAGAUCGAGCUGAACAAGAAGAGGGAGGCUGAGUUUCAGAAGAUGCGCAGAGACCUCGAAGAGGCCACCCUGCAGCACGAAGCCACCACGGCGGCGCUGAGGAAGAAGAACGCCGACAGUGUGGCCGACCUGGGAGAGCAGAUUGACAACCUGCAGAGGGUCAAGCAGAAGCUGGAGAAGGAGAAGAGCGAGCUCAAGCUGGAGCUGGAUGAUGUGGUCUCCAACAUGGAGCAAAUCGCCAAAGUGAAAACCAACCUGGAGAAAAUGUGCCGUACCCUGGAGGACCAGAUGUCUGAGUACAGAACAAAGUCAGAGGAGGCCCAGCGCUCCAUUAAUGAUUUCACCAUGCAAAAAGCAAAGCUGCAAACUGAAAAUGGGGAGCUUCUGCGGCAGAUGGAGGAAAAGGACUCUUUGGUCUCGCAGCUGACCCGAGGGAAGCUGUCCUACACUCAGCAGGUUGAAGACCUCAAGAGACAGCUGGAGGAGGAGGUGAAGGCCAAGAAUGCACUUGCCCAUGCAGUGCAGUCUGCUCGCCAUGACUGCGAUCUGUUGAGAGAGCAGUUUGAGGAGGAGCAGGAGGCCAAAGCCGAGUUCCAGCGCAGCUUGUCCAAGGCCAACUCCGAGGUGGCUCAGUGGAGAACCAAGUAUGAAACUGAUGCCAUCCAAAGAACCGAGGAGCUGGAAGAAGCAAAAAAGAAGCUAGCUCAACGCUUGCAGGAGGCCGAGGAAGCUGUUGAAGCUGCAAACGCUAAAUGCUCCUCCCUGGAGAAAACCAAACACAGGCUUCAAGGGGAAAUCGAGGAUCUCAUGGUGGAUGUGGAGAGAUCUAAUGCGGCUGCUGCAGCUUUGGACAAGAAGCAAAGAAACUUUGACAAGGUCCUUGCUGAGUGGAAGCAGAAGUACGAGGAGUCUCAGACGGAGCUGGAAAGUUCUCAGAAAGAGGCACGUUCCCUCAGCACUGAGCUGUUCAAGCUCAAGAACUCCUACGAAGAGUCUCUGGAUCAUCUGGAGACCAUGAAACGCGAAAACAAGAACCUUCAAGAGGAAAUUUCUGACCUAACUGAGCAACUUGGUGAGGGAGGAAAGAGUAUCCAUGAGCUGGAGAAGAUCCGCAAGCAGCUGGAGCAGGAGAAAGCCGAGAUACAAACGGCUCUGGAAGAAGCCGAGGGUUCCCUUGAACACGAGGAGGGUAAGAUCCUCCGAACGCAACUAGAGUUCAAUCAGGUGAAGGCGGACAUCGAGCGCAAGCUGGCCGAGAAGGAUGAGGAGAUGGAGCAGGCCAAGAGGAACCAGCAGAGGACAGUGGACACCCUGCAGGGCUCCCUGGAGGCGGAGACUCGCAGCAGAAACGAGGCUCUCAGGCUGAAGAAGAAGAUGGAAGGAGAUCUCAACGAGAUGGAGAUCCAGCUGAGCCAGGCCAACAGGCAAGCGGCAGAGGCUCAGAAGCAGCUCAAAGGAGUCCAUGCCCACCUAAAGGACUCGCAGCUACAUCUGGACGAUGCACUUCGGUCCAACGACGACCUUAAGGAGAACAUCGCGAUUGUGGAGAGACGCAACAACUUGCUGCAGGCGGAGCUCGACGAGCUGAGGUCUCUGGUGGAGCAAACCGAGAGAGGGCGCAAGCUGGCGGAGCAGGAACUGCUGGAUGUCAGCGAGAGAGUUCAGCUGCUGCACUCACAGAACACCAGCCUGCUGAACCAGAAGAAGAAGCUGGAGGGAGACAUCGCCCAGAUUCAGAAUGAGGUGGAGGAGGCCGUGCAGGAGUGCAGAAACGCCGAGGAGAAGGCCAAGAAGGCCAUCACCGACGCAGCCAUGAUGGCAGAGGAGCUGAAGAAGGAGCAGGACACCUGCUCCCACUUGGAGCGCAUGAAGAAAAACAUGGAGCAAACCAUCAAGGACCUGCAGCACCGCCUGGACGAAGCGGAGCAAAUAGCGAUGAAGGGCGGCAAGAAGCAGGUCCAGAAGCUGGAGGCCAGGAUCAGAGAGCUGGAAAACGAGAUCGACGUGGAACAAAGAAAGAGCAGUGACUCUAUCAAAGGGGUCCGCAAAUAUGAGAGACGCAUCAAGGAGCUCACCUACCAGACGGAGGAGGACAAAAAGAACCUGGCCCGUCUGCAGGAUCUGGUGGAUAAACUUCAGAUGAAAGUGAAAUCCUACAAGCGGAGCGCGGAGGAGGCCGAGGAACAGUCCAACGUGAAUCUGAGCAAGCUGCGCAGGCUGCAGCACGAGCUGGAGGAGGCGGAGGAGAGGGCCGACAUCGCAGAGUCUCAAGUCAACAAGCUGCGAGUGAAGAGCCGAGACGCCGGAGCUAAGAAAUCGCAUGAUGAAGAAUGAAGCCACUGCCGAGGCUCCUCUGCGUGCCUGUAGUUUAGUCGUAGUCUUGUAGUUCUUUGUCCUCCAUGCAACAUGAGCGGAAAAAAGAAUAAAUGAAUUAUGCAUGCACCUGCACCACCAGUCUCAGUGGUUUAAUUUAACUCCAUCAGCUGAUUACAGCAACACUUAAAAUACAUUUUGCAAAAACCAGGAUGUCUUUACUACCAGUACAAAACUGCUGAAUGUUUUCUUCUUUUUUUUUCUG